AUUCAAGCAAAAAGUACGAAAGAGUUUUAUGAAACUCAAGAUGGCCAUGGCUGGUAACGAAGAUUUGUCCGAGGUGUUACCCGAAUGUCUUCUCCACAUCAUCAUUUCAUUCUUGCCUUUCAAGGAAGCAGCAAGAACCUCCAUAUUAUCCAAGUUUUGGCUCAACCUUUGGCGUGCAACAAAGAACAUAGAAUUCCAUGAGAGUUUCUUUGUUAAACCUGAAGAAUCUGAUGCAACCCAAGUGAUGAAAAGAAGAGUUUUCAUUCAUUUCGUUCAACAGUGGAUUGGAAACUACUGUGAAUCCUGCAUAGAUAAGUUUGCACUCGCAGUCUCCAAGCCUGAAAAUUUCGUUGCUGAUAUUGAAAAUUUCAUAGCAUUUGCCAUUGCAAAAGGUGUCAAAGGGCUCAGUCUUGAUUUUUCUGAUCCAACCUGGAUGGAAGAUGAUCCAAAAAACCAUGAACCCCUGUUUGAUUUGCCUUCCCAUGUCUAUGAACAUGGAGUUCUUGAAUCAUUGAAACUGUUUUCAUGUAAAAUUCACAUUCCUGCCAUCAAAAUUUUCAGUCUGCUGAAGGAUCUUUCGCUUGGUUGGAUUGAACUACAAGAGAAAUCUCUCAAGGCCUUGUUGCAACACUGUCCAUUGCUACAGAGUUUGAGUCUGACCAAAUGCUGGAACAUGGGCCAUUUUUAUCUGUCUGAACCAAGUUUGCUGUUGAAGAAAUUGGCGAUUGAAAACUGCAGUUUUCAUGAUCCUGUUUGGAUAUACAUAAAAAAUGCACCAAGGCUGCAGUUCUUCAAGUAUUCAGGGAAAGUAGCCAGCUUUGAUUUGGAUUACUUGUGCUGCUGGGAAGAAGCAGAUUUGGAUUUCGGGUUAGAGUCAAGUUUCAAUGGAACUGCUGAUUUGCUUUAUAAUCUCCUGCUUGAUCUUUUCUCCGUAACCAUUUUGAGUGUUUGCAGUUUCAUGCUUCAGGUUAUUUCUAAUUCAAGAGAGAGUUAUGGUACUGCAUUUCCUUUGAAUGUCAGGCAUCUGACGUUGAAGACUGCCCUGCACGGUCAUGAGUUUUCUGGAAUAACAUUCUUCUUCGAUAAUUGUCCACUUCUACAAACUCUUACAAUUGUGCUAUGCCCUGCAAGAAAUUUUCCGGAUUACGAGCCCCCAUUUGAGUUCAUUCAUAAUUUUUGGACAAAGAACUUGAAGGUCUACAAAUGCCUACGUCGUAGCUUAAAAACGGUGGAGGUGAAGGGCUUCAAGGGAACUGCGAAUGAAUUUCUGGUGCUGCAAUACCUGAUCGGCCUCGGACGUGUAAUGGAACGUCUGAACAUUUACAUUUCAAGGGAAACAGACGACAAUGGAGGCAAUGUGGAAUUAUAUAGGGAAAGAGCUCAGAUGUUGCUACAGUUGAACAAGGCGUCAAAGAAACUUCAGAUAUCAAUCUAUUAA